AUGGAAGCUGGAGCAAGCAAUGCCAAGGUAGCAGUGCUGGGGGCCUCAGGGGGCAUUGGGCAGCCCCUCUCCCUGCUCCUGAAGAACAGCCCCCUGGUCAGCAGACUCAGCCUCUAUGACAUUGCCCACACUCCAGGUGUUGCAGCUGAUCUCAGCCACAUUGAGACAAGAGCCAAAGUUAAAGGCUUCCUGGGACCUGAGCAGUUGCCUGAGUGUCUGAAGGGCUGUGAUGUUGUAGUUAUUCCUGCAGGUGUCCCUAGAAAACCAGGUAUGACCCGUGAUGACCUGUUCAACACCAAUGCAAGCAUUGUUGCUACUUUGACAACUGCCUGUGCAAAGCACUGCCCAGAAGCCAUGAUCUGUAUCAUUUCUAACCCAGGCUUAGAUCCAGCUCGAGUAAGUGUUCCAGUUAUUGGUGGCCAUGCUGGGAAGACUAUUAUCCCUCUGAUCUCUCAGUGCACACCAAAAGUGGACUUUCCUCAGGAUCAGCUGGAAAAGCUUACAGGAAGAAUUCAAGAAGCUGGCACUGAAGUUGUCCAAGCUAAAGCAGGAGCAGGCUCUGCCACCUUGUCCAUGGCCUACGCUGGUGCUCGGUUUGUCUUCUCCCUGGUGGAUGCCAUGAAUGGAAAGGAGGGGGUUAUCGAGUGCGCCUUCGUGCGGUCAGAGGAGACAGAGAGCCCGUACUUCUCCACACCUCUGUUGCUGGGAAAAAAAGGAAUUGAGAAGAAUCUAGGUAUUGGCAAGAUCUCCCCCUUCGAGCAGAAGAUGGUUUCUGAGGCCAUGUCUGAGCUGAAGGCUUCUAUUAAGAAAGGAGAGGAUUUUGCAAAGAACUUCAAGUGAAGAAGAGUUGAUGAUGGAGAGGAAUUAACAACUUCCUUAAUUUAUUAAGGCAUCAUGUCACUUUAUGACUUCUGAUUCAAAGCUCAUGCUUUGGUUGAAGUCUGUGUUAGCUUCAUGAUUGUUGCCAGUGCAGAGCCUAAUCAUCAAUAAAACAGCCUCAUUUUUUCAGUGUACC